CAAACAUCAUUAACCGAACCCUGUUUAUUUUGAAGAGCAUGCUUUGUUUUCAGAAUUCAGAGAAUUAGAAACUAGAGAUUAGAAAGUUUAAAGUAUAUUUUAUUUUUAUUUAAAUAAAAAAAAUUAUAGUGCACCUGUUACACAGUUGAAUUUAUUAAUAAAUGUUUAUUACGUACAAUAAUUCGUAAAAAUAACAAGGAUAUUCCUUAGUAGCAGAUUAACCGCAUAUUUUCCGAUUACCUGUCUUUAAAACAUAACCUCUAAACGAUGCGUAAGAAAUGAUCAAAAAUUAUAUUUGACAGACGCGAAAAUGGACUUUUAUCCAAAUGAAUGCUACAUAUGUAGGAUAAAGAAAAAUCUCCGACAAUGUACACGUUGUCAAAUGGUGUCAUAUUGCGGUAAAAAUCAUCAGGACGAACAUUCAGAGCAUAAAGAAUUUUGUCGUGCAAUUGUCGAGGAAUUAAAAUUACGAAAACUCUCACAUAUUUAUGAGAUUUAUGAGAAAAAAACCGAAGAUGGCAACAAAAUAAAUUGGUCUUUAUUGAAAGAUGGUUGGAAAAGAGCAUUAGAAAAAAGAUUAUCACGACCAUUAUCAUCAGUUGAAAAGCAAAUGAUCUAUUUUCCACGAUCAUGUUUCACUUGUCAUUCAUCGAAACAACAAACACUCUCAAAUUGUCCAAAUUGUCCAUCAUUAUCGUAUUGCUCCGAACAUAAAGAUUUACGUCAACACAGUCACGAAUGCGGCAUUAUGAGACAAACACACAAUUUUGAUUUACAAAAAAAUUCACUCAAUUUCCAUAAAAUAUUCAAUCUCGCCGAAUUAAUUGUCGAUCGUAUUUAUUUCGAUGAGACAAAUAAAAAUCAAUCGCCAAAAUCAAUAGCACAAUUAUUACAGCAUUAUCCAAAGCCACCAUUGGAAAUUGUUGAGAUUGAAAAAAUUUGCAUCUCCGAAAUAUUGACUUAUCCAUUGACAGUUUAUAAUGCUCUGAAUAAAUUGAAAAUGUCAACGAAAGAAUGUUUCACAAUUUUUUGCGAUGGUAUUGAGGAGAUAAAUUGUAAAUUAUGGGAAAUUAUUUUACAUUUAAUGCACGAUGUUAAAAUGCUGACAAUUAUAUUUUUUCAUAAAAAUUUCCUUGAAUCUGACAAAGCAUUUAUUCCCUGUGAUAAUUGCACUGCAAGAGGUAAAAAAAUACAAAUAAUAACCGCCAAAAAUUACAGGGAAUUUUUAAAAAAUCACAACAAUGCCAUACCACACGUUAUAAUUCAUUUUUGUUUCGACAAUAAUUUAGAAACAACAACAGAAUUUAAUCGUAUCGAUAAAAUGAUUGCCGAAGAUGUUAAUUUAUUAUUAUUAACAUUAAAAGAUUGUCCAAUUAUUUAUUCAGGCCAUACGGAAAUUGAUGGAAUUCGACAAUCUUUAAUACAAUGUGUCUCAAAGUAUUCAAUUUAUUACGAUGGUGUCAAUAAAUUUCGUAGUUUAAGACAAAGACGCGAUUGUCGUACGGAAUUGAGUUACGUCAUUAAUUCGAAUAUUCUUUUAUUUCAAUUUUUUGCAAAUUUCAAAGGUCUCUCCGACAAUAUGAAAAUGUAUUUUCUCAAUUUUUUGAAGGAGGCAAAAAUCACGCGAAUGUCGGCACAAUUGCACGCGGCUACCGUUGAAUAUUUACAAUCAAAGAGAGAGCAGAAUGGAAAAAAUCAGGAAUCAAAUAAUGCUUCUACUGCCGUUAAAACAGAAGUCCAACAAAUUUCAUUGCCGCCAAUUAAAUCACAAAAUGAAAUGACAAUUCAAAAUGGAUUAUUAAUUGUCCCGAAAAAUUCCACUCUCGAGAAGGAAUUAAAGAAAAAAAUUGUGGAGCAAUCGCCAAAAAAGAUACCACUCGAGGAAAAACAAAAAUUAGCCAAAGAAUAUUUAAUAUUUAAUAUUUUAACUGAAAAUUCAUCGAAACAAUUGGAAUUCGAGGAAAAUUCAUCUACGACAGGAAAUGAAGGGGAAAAUUCUCUAAAUGAAAAACAAAAGAAUUCAAUGAAGGAAGAGAAGGAAAAAACGAUAAAUUGUUUGUCGGAAAAAUUGGAAGAGAAGAAUAAAAAAGCACUCAAGAAAAAUGCGGAAAAUUCGCCAACGGAAAAAGUGAAUGAGAAAAUUGAAAAUUCGCUCAAGGAAAAAAAGGCGGAAAAUUCACUAAAAGAGAAAAUUAAAAAUUCGCUAAAGGAAAAAUUGGGGAAUGGACGGGGAAAAUCACCGAGAGAACAUUCGACAAAUGGAAAAAUUGAAAAUUCGUCAAAGGAAAAAUCACCGCCAAAGGAAAAAUCACCGCCAAAGGAAAAAUCUCCGCCAAAGGAAAAAUCACCACCAAAGGAAAAAUCGACAAAAAAAGAAAAUUCAUCGCAAAAAGAAAAAGUGGAGGAAACAAAUUCAAAGGAUGAGAAAAAUUCAUCAAUUCCAUUGUGCAUUGAUCCAAGUUGGGAUUUUUUUAAAAUUGAUUCGUGUCAAGUGUGUCACGAGAUGAAGGAUUGUGUUCCGUGUACGCGUUGUAAAAUAAUAUCUUAUUGCAGUGAGGAACAUCGUCGUGAGCAUUGGUCGGAGCAUAAGGAUUUUUGUAAAGUUAUUUUGGGAAUGAUGAAGGAAAUUGGCGGUACGAGUUUAUUUGAUAAAUCAAAAACAUGUCACAUGGACGCGUGGCUGAGGACAAAAGUGGAUUUUCUAUUGAAAGCUGAGGAGAAAAUUGGUAGAAAACUCGUUGAUUAUGAGAGGCAAAUGAUUCUAUUUCCAAGGGCAUGCUUCAUUUGUCAUGAGAGCGAUUGGAGUGUUUUGAAAACGUGCGAAUGUGGAAUAAGUCUUUGUAAGCAGCACAAGAAUAAUUCAAAACAUCAAAAAUUAUGUUCAUUACUAAAAGAUUCAUUUGCUCUCACUCUAAUGUUAAGAGGAAUUCGUCGUCAUCUCAAUACAAAAUCCGUAAUGUACGAUAUGACAAAAAUUACAUUGAAAAAAAUUCCACUACAAAGAAAAUUAAAGAGAUUACCACAAGGAAUUAAUUUAUUUAUCGAUACAAAUAUUAAAACGACAAAUCCAAUUGGUGGGAAAAAUUGUAUUUUACUUAAAUACGUGAUCACAGAAUAUUUUUCACGACCAUUAACUGCACUCUAUUGUUUGGAGAAACUCAAUUUAAAUACAUCAAAAUCAUUGACAAUUCACAUUAUCGGCGCAAAUAUUGAGGAAUUUAUUUUUCACGAUUAUUGGGAAAUUCUCUAUCAUUGGCUGCCGGAUUUAAAGGAAUUGAAAAUUCACUUCAUUGGACCGGAAUUAAUGGAGAAUUCACAACUCAUUGUUCAAUCGUGCGAUUGCUGUAGACCAGCGGGGAAGAAGAAUUUUCUUAUUUCAAGAAAUUCGGUCAAUUACCAUGAAUAUUUGAACGACAAGCAACAGGCGACAAAACCGGAUAUUAUUUUUGGUUUUAAUUUAAAUUUACACGAGAGUGAUUAUGGAAUAAUUGAGUGCACGUGGAGGGAGACAAUUCGAGCAUUAAAGGAUAUUGUGAAUGCACCAUUUAUUCUAACGUCGGGCACUUUGCGACGUGGUUUGAAGGAUCACGAAAAAUUAUGUUCACUUCUCGAUGAAUCCGUGAAUCACGAUUAUUUACUGCCAAAUCCAUUUGCAUCGACAAUAAUGGAACCUGACUUUGAAACUGAGCAAUUAAAAUAUCCAAAUGCAUUUAUUCUCAUCUAUAAAAAAUUGUAUGUCGAGAGAAUGAGGAAUUCGCCAAAUUCAGUAAUUAUGUUGGAUCAACCAUUUAAAUUGAUGAUAAAUAGCCGCCAGCAACCGACGGAAGAAAAGAUAAAUGAAAGAGUAAAUUCAGCGGUCGAAAAGGAAUUUUUAGCCCGUUGCGAAGUGGAAAGUUCCAAAAAUAAAAAAUUGACGAAAGAAGACAAAAAAGAAAGAGAAGCAGAAGAUGAAAAUGGGGCAGAAGAUGAAAAAGGGGCAGAAAAUGAAAAAGAGGCAGAAGAUGAAAAAGGGGUCGGCGAAUUGGAAAAGAUUUUAUCGCAACAAACGGACAUUGUAACUGAAAAGAGAACUUCCGAAAAUUUAAGUCCAUCGAGAGAAAAUGAAAUGAAUGAUGAAAUGAAAAACGAAAUAAUAACAAGAAUUAAUACUCUGGAACAACAAAUCGAAAUAAUAAUCAAUGAAAACGAAAAGAAUAAACUUGAAAAUCAACGACUUCGUGAGGAAAAUCAAAUUCUUAUUGACAUACGAAAAUAA